AUGGCGCCCCCUCAAGAUGCCGAGCGUGUUCAACUGCCCGAGACCUGGAACCCCGAAAGUAUAUCCUUUCCGCUCCGACGAGACCUGCCUAGCAUUCCGGGAGCCCCAAAAGGUGCUGCCUGGGUUUGGGGCGCUGAAGAUAAUGUCGGCCGCCUCAACCUUCUCACGCCUACUCGCGUGCUGGCUGCAUCAAAAGCAAUCAAAAGUGGCGAGGUCAUACCGGUAAACCUACCUCUCGAUGUUCCAGGCCAGCCAGCCUUCAAUCGAGAGCCCUUUGUCCACCACCUCAAGACUCUGAUUCCAGGGUUAUGUUACGAUGACAACUACUACAUGAAUACCCAGAGUGGCACUCAAUGGGACGGCUUCAGACAUUUUGCGCAUUUGCCUUCCGGGACAUUUUACAACAAUACCAAGGGACAAGACAUCGAGGGACCGGCCAGUAAUCUGAAAUGCUCAAUUCACCACUGGGCUGAGCGUGGCAUCGACCUGCUCGAAUGUGGUCGAGCGCAGGGCAUAGAUAUUCGGCCCAAGGCGCAAGGAGGCGACAUUGAGAUUGGCGACAUCCUCUUUAUUCGAAGUGGGUGGGUCGAGGCUUAUCACAGCAAAAACCCAGCCGAGCGCGCCCAUCUGGGACUUAGGGGUCACAAAGAAAUCAAGUUUGGCGGCCUGGCUCAAGAGGAGUCCAUAAUUGACUGGCUGCAUGACUGCUACUUUGCUGCUGUUGCUGGGGACUCGCCCACGUUUGAAGCUUGGCCAACCAAGGCGGAAUACCACCUUCACGAGUAUAUCCUGUCCCUUUGGGGGAUGCCUUUGGGUGAGAUGCUCAACCUAGAAACAUUGGCUCGUCGAUGUCGUGAAACGAACCAGUGGACAUUCUUCUUCACGAGCGCUCCAGCAAACUGUCCACGUAAGCAUCAUAUUCUGCCUCCAUGA